CGCCCCUGUUGCCGGGGACCCUUCCCAGUGGUCCCUCGGGGCGCCAGCUCCAGCCCUGUUUGCCCCCCACCCCCCUUUUCGUAGGGAUCGCCUUUUUUUUUUUUUUUUUUCCUCUGCGGCGGCGGAAAUGACAGUGUGGUGCUGCCGCGGUGUCAUGGUGCUGCCCCUGGACUAAAGGGCGAAAACUCUUAAGUUUGGCUCUGGAGACCCAGCUGCGGUAGCGUCGCAGCCGCGGUGCUGUCCCUGGCGGGGCGCGCGGGCGGGCGGAUCCCGGCUGCUGCGCGGCGGCGGCGGCGGCGGCGGCGAAGGCGGGCGGCGGCCUAGAGCAGCAGCGGCGGCGGCGCGGCGGCCCCAGGAGCUGGCGCCGGAGCCGGAGCCAGCUCCCGGCGGAGGCAGGCGAACGCCGGGCGCCCUCGGGCGCGCCGAGGAGAUGGCUGGCACCCCAGAACGCUAUGGGUUUUAGCACGUAGAGGUCUUUCAGCAAUGCUCCUGACCAUCUGUCAUUUUGGAGGGAAACCUUCCUCAGCUCUCCCAGGUGAAAGCCCAGCCUCUGUGGUUCUUAAUGCCCCAGCAGGAUUAUUUUCACUAAAGAUGGAAACACUGGAGUCCGAAUUGACCUGUCCAAUCUGCCUGGAGUUGUUCGAGGACCCCCUGCUGCUCCCCUGUGCCCACAGCCUCUGCUUCAGCUGUGCCCACCGCAUCCUGGUCUCGAGCUGCAGCUCUGGUGAAUCCAUUGAACCCAUUACCGCUUUCCAGUGUCCUACGUGCAGGUAUGUUAUCUCGCUGAACCACCGGGGCCUGGAUGGCCUCAAGAGGAAUGUGACUUUGCAGAACAUCAUCGAUCGCUUCCAGAAGGCUUCCGUCAGUGGGCCCAAUUCCCCAAGUGAGAGCCGCCGGGAGAGGACUUAUAGGCCCAGCACGGCCAUGUCGAGUGAGCGAAUUGCUUGCCAGUUCUGCGAGCAGGACCCGCCAAGGGAUGCAGUGAAAACAUGCAUCACCUGUGAGGUCUCCUACUGUGACCGUUGCCUGCGGGCCACACACCCCAACAAGAAACCUUUCACCAGCCACCGCCUGGUGGAACCAGUGCCCGACACGCAUCUCCGAGGGAUCACCUGCCUGGACCAUGAGAAUGAGAAAGUGAACAUGUAUUGUGUGUCCGAUGACCAAUUGAUUUGUGCCUUAUGCAAACUGGUGGGACGUCACCGAGACCAUCAGGUCGCGUCCCUGAAUGACCGAUUUGAGAAACUCAAGCAAACUCUGGAGAUGAACCUCACCAACCUGGUUAAACGCAACAGUGAACUAGAAAAUCAAAUGGCCAAACUAAUACAGAUCUGCCAGCAAGUUGAGGUGAAUACUGCUAUGCAUGAGGCAAAACUCAUGGAAGAAUGUGACGAGCUGGUAGAGAUCAUCCAGCAGAGGAAGCAAAUGAUCGCUGUCAAAAUCAAAGAGACAAAGGUUAUGAAACUGAGAAAGUUGGCACAGCAGGUUGCUAAUUGCCGCCAGUGUCUUGAGCGCUCAACAGUCCUCAUCAACCAGGCUGAACAUAUCCUGAAAGAAAAUGACCAGGCCCGGUUUCUCCAGUCUGCAAAAAAUAUUGCCGAGAGGGUCGCUAUGGCAACAGCAUCUUCUCAAGUUCUGAUUCCAGACAUCAAUUUUAAUGAUGCCUUUGAAAACUUUGCUUUAGAUUUUUCCAGAGAAAAGAAACUGCUGGAGGGGCUAGAUUAUUUAACAGCCCCAAACCCACCAUCUAUCCGAGAGGAGCUCUGUACUGCCUCCCACGACACCAUUACAGUCCACUGGAUCUCAGAUGAUGAGUUCAGCAUCAGCUCCUAUGAGCUUCAGUACACCAUAUUCACUGGCCAGGCUAACUUCAUCAGUAAGUCAUGGUGUAGUUGGGGCCUGUGGCCAGAGAUAAGGAAAUGUAAGGAAGCAGUAAGCUGCUCAAGAUUGGCCGGGGCGCCACGAGGCCUGUACAAUUCAGUGGAUAGCUGGAUGAUUGUGCCCAACAUUAAACAGAACCACUACACAGUGCACGGACUUCAGAGCGGGACCCGCUACAUCUUCAUUGUUAAAGCCAUAAACCAGGCCGGCAGUCGGAACAGUGAACCCACCCGACUAAAAACAAAUAGCCAACCCUUUAAACUGGAUCCCAAAAUGACUCACAAGAAGUUGAAGAUCUCCAAUGACGGGUUGCAGAUGGAGAAGGAUGAAAGCUCUCUGAAGAAGAGCCAUACCCCGGAGAGGUUUAGCGGCGCCGGGUGCUACGGGGCAGCAGGGAAUAUAUUCAUUGACAGUGGCUGCCACUACUGGGAAGUGGUCAUGGGUUCCUCCACCUGGUAUGCAAUUGGUAUCGCUUACAAAUCAGCGCCCAAGAAUGAAUGGAUUGGCAAGAAUGCCUCCUCAUGGGUCUUCUCUCGAUGCAAUAGUAACUUUGUAGUGAGACAUAACAACAAGGAAAUGCUGGUGGAUGUGCCCCCACAGUUGAAACGUCUGGGUGUCCUUCUGGAUUAUGACAACAACAUGCUAUCUUUCUAUGACCCAGCUAACUCUCUCCAUCUUCAUACUUUUGACGUGACCUUCAUUCUUCCAGUUUGUCCAACAUUCACAAUCUGGAACAAAUCCCUAAUGAUCCUGUCUGGCUUGCCUGCCCCAGAUUUUAUUGAUUACCCUGAGCGGCAGGAAUGCAACUGCAGGCCUCAAGAAUCCCCUUAUGUUUCUGGGAUGAAAGCUUGCCAUUAAGUUUUCAGAGAGCCAAUAAUUCACUGGCUCUCCAGUCCAGCAGGUCUUCCCCUCCUAAACCUCAGUUAGUGUCCAAUAUACAAAAUACAAAAUAAAGUUCAUCUGAAGCAUCCAAAAUAACUAGAUACUAUAGAUUUAAUUUCUGUGCAUUAACGCUUGUAUUUGAAUUAAUGUAUUGAGUCUCUCAGAAUGAAUUAUCUGAGUAGUCUGGGUUCAAGCCAUUGGAGGAGAAAUUUAGAGAAUACCUCUCUUAUCAUUGGAGAAUUAAAAAUUCCCAGUGAUUUAGGAGUAUAAAUGAUAUUGGGAGGAAUUAGGAUAAUUCUAAGUAAAUAAUGUAGAAAGAUGCUCUGAACAAGGGGCUAGCCAGCCGGAAAGGUGUGCGUGGGUGGGGGUGUCAGCCUUUCCUAGCACUGGCCAGUUUGGCCAAGUAGAAUUUUGAGGAGUCAAAGGAUCACAUAUUAUAUGUAGUUUUUGAUAAAAAGCCUACAAUCGAGGAUUUAUUAUACAAAGAACAUGUAUGUGUAUAUAUAAUAUAUAUAUAAAAUGAAUAAAUAAUAUAUGUUAUAUAUUCAUUUUAUAAUUAUAUAUACAUAAUAAAUUUUUUGAUUUGCUCAUUUGAGUGAGAAAUAUACUGGAAGGGAAAAUGAGUUAUAUCAUCCAUUUUUGUCCCCUAAAGGGAACAUCAUCAAAAUCAGGCAACAUUUCCUCCCCCACUCCACUCAUCCCUCCCAUUCUCCCUCCUGUCACACACACAGGUACAUGUGCAAUAAUGACAUAGAUGCUGGGAAGAGCUCUAAAUUGGAUUAGGAGAGAUUGGGGGACAAGAUUGCACAAGAGAUGCUAUUGCCGGAUAGAAAAUUGAUCCAAGUAGAAGCACAGUUUCACUGAGGCUGCCUAAUGGAGGAGGUUCAUUUGAAUUGUUAAAAAUUCCGUCACGGAAUGUCCCAAAGAAAUACCGUUUCAUUACUCUCAAGUACGUACAGUUACCAGAAUUAGGCUUAAAAAAAAAAGAAAAGAAAAAAAAAGAGUUGCAUAAUGGAUGUUCUUUAGGAACUUUAUUUACUUAAUUGGUAAGAAUGGAGUUUUCUAGAUGCAACAACAAUUUGCAUAUAAAUGUACUUGUAUUUUCAGAUAAAACACUUCUGAAGUGCUUCAGAGUGCUGGAUAACAGUCUGUUUGCCUAAACAGGUUAAAGAAUUGUUCCUCUUGCGAUCUUGUUUACACUAGUCAUCUGCUUAUCGGACCCUUCCGUGGCAAGUGCAAAUGUAACUUUCAUCCCAGUCUUCCUCACUGUUGUUGAAGGGCAUCAAGUUUUACGGUCUGUGAUUUUUGUCAGUCCCGCUGCAGGGACUGGGGAUGUCAGAACCAGAGCUUUCUCCUUCCCAGGAGAUAAGUCAGCCUCGAGGACUCUACUUCUUGGGAGUUGCGAAAAUACUAUUUCUGUACAAAGCGGUAGCUGUUACAAGCCACCAGACUGGAGCCUUGGAACAAUGCCAAAAUGUCUCCCUUCUUCCUUCUAACAGCCUCGGUGGACGUAUGUUCAUUCGUUCAUUCAUUCAUUCAUUCAUUCAACAAACUACUAGAUGCUGGGUACCAUUCUGCUGCUGAUGUAUUGAUAAAAACACAGUCCCUUGCUGUCAAAUGCCUUACUAUUCUGUAGGAGAGACAAAGUAGCUAUAAAAAUCCCCUAAAUAACAGCUUUGUAUUGUUUAUUCACUUAACAGGGAAAGCAGGACUGAUGCGCAUACAGAUGGCAGGCUCAAACUUACUUAUCUAGCAGCAACAUCAGCUUUUUGGUUGAAAUAAACCGUAUGUCAUUUCUGCUAAUUAGGAAAGGAGCAACCUCAGUCAGAUCGAGCAGUGCGGGGAGCUAGCUUGCUGCCAUGGACAGCUCGUAGUCUUUGGACUAAAAUAAUCCUAGUUCUUCUGCCAUUUCCUAGCGGUGUGACCUAGAGUAAGCACUUCACUUCUCUGAGCCUCUGUUUCCUCUUCUGUAAAAUAAUACCUACCUCACAAGGCUGUUGCAAAGAUUUCAAAAGAUAGCACAUGUAAACUGCCUAGCACAGCACCUGGCACGUAGUGAAGUGCACAAGAAACAUUUACCCCCUCCUCCCAGCCCCAGCCCCAGUACAGUGUAGCGGUGCUUUAAAAUGGAUGCCUUUCAUUUCUUAGUUACUCUGGUCUCUCCUCGAGGGGUCGGCCCUCAGUU